AUGGAGGAUUCAAAAUGUUUCAUCUGUGGUGAUAGUUUACAAGGACAGGUGACAACAGUAAAAGAAAAAGGUAUUCUAACUUUCAUGGAUAGUAGUAAAAAAAGAAAGGAUGGGAAACACAUUUUGUUAAAGGAUGAAACCUCUGUAACUGUUCAUGAAAAAUGCAGAAAAAUCUACAAUAAGCAGUCCUACAUUGAUGCUGCACUAGCUGAGCAGUCUUCUAAACCUAGCGCCUCUAGGAGAUCGAAUCAACCGCUGUUUGAUUUCAAGGGACACUGUCUCUUUUGUGGAAAAGAUGCCUCCGAUCAAUUUAUAGAACGUCAAAAAAAAUUAAACCAAUCACGACGCGAAAAAGUUCAUGAAGUGACUAAACUGGAUUUUAAGCAAAAGGUUAUUGAUGCAGCUAAAACAACCAGGAAAAGUGAUGAAUGGAGUAACGCUGUAGUUUUUCGAAUUGAAAAUGAGAUUGAUCUUAUUGCAGCUGAAGGGAGGUAUCAUGGAUCAUGCUUAGGAGAGUACGUAAUGUCACUGUCUACCGGAGUUAUAGGAGAUGAAAACGUAAAUUGCCAUCUUUCAGACCAAAUCGGAAGUUCCAGUCUCGAAAGCAUUAUUGGAAGCAAUUUUGGUCAAGUGAAGUUCUCCAGAAAGAAAAGAGUGCUAUCAAUGCGUGGCUUCACCAGCAGUGUCAAGUUGCAUGACGAAGUAGUGCCAGUUGACCUAUAUACCAUUUUCAGGAGAAUCUCAUUUCAUAAAAAAACCGAAUACGAACUCAAAAACUACUUUACAUAUGAAUUGGCUCCAUACCCACCAUCUUUAUUUGAUGAACAAGGAAUGAUGAGGAAGUCACGUAAAUCCGUUUUCUAUGAUUUGUUUAAUCCAGUGGAAACCCCGUCAAACAUCGGAAGUGCACUUUAUGUGAUCGACGGUGGCUUUGUACUUCACCGAGUACCGUGGGAGUUGAGGGAAAGAUUCUCGUCAAUACUUAACAAAUACGUGGAAUAUGUCAAAAAAUACUUUGGGUCACGAUCAAUCAUUGUAUUUGAUGGCUAUCCAGACGACCCUGGAGAAAAGAGCACAAAAUCUGCAGAACGCCUCAGAAGAAACAAGUUCAUGGCCGCAAAUGUUAAGUUUGACGAAUCCAUGUUAUUGACAAUAUCAAAAGAUAAAUUUCUUUCGAAUGAAGGAAACAAAAAACGAAUGAUCUCAAUGCUGAUCAAGAAAUUUUCAGAGGAAAAUAUCUCUGUCGAACAAGCUGCAGAGGAUGCCGAUAUAACCAUUGUCCGACGAGCUAUGGAAAAUGCUACAAUGUGUGGUUGUGGUAGGAGAAGACAUAGAUCUUUUGAUGAGAUUGGUGCUGCGGGCGAACAAGUUAUUGCGGCUUUGUAUGCCGGAUCGCUUCUCCGAUCUUCCUCUCUGAAUGAAAUACGCUUUAAACUGUUCACCAAAUCCUUAGUACAAAAUAACUUCAACCUGGCUACUCUUCCUGCAACUGAAGAAGCUGCUAGACUGCACUCAAUGAGGGCCUUCCUACAGGUUAAUUUGUGGAAUGGUCAUGAUAUGGAUCCAGUUCAAUGGGGAUGGAAGAUAACUAAGCAUGGACUGCUCCCAGUACCAUCGACAGCCGAACAAGCCCCGCAGGAGUUGCUUAAUAACACUGCCUGCAAAUGUUCAAAGGGGUGCCGAAAUGCGUGUGGUUGUAGGAAACAAGGAAUGAAAUGUUCUCCAAUAUGCUAUAAUUGUAGAGGAGCGUCCUGCAGCAAUACACCAGAUGAAAUUAUUGACGACACAAACUUAAUGGACGACGAAGUGAAGCUAUCUGAUAAUGAUGACGAACUUGAUGAGCUUCCGGAUGACGAAGACCUUAAAGUGGACCAAUUGAUUCAGUCAGCUUCUACUUCCAAACGCAGCAAAUUCAAUUAA